AUGGCAUCUCUACGAAAAUCCGUCUUGAUCACCGGCUGCACCGACGGCGGCAUCGGUGCAGCCCUCGCUGAAGUAUUCCACGAGAAAGGCUACCAUGUCUUUGCAACCCUACGGAACCUAUCUAAACUGCCCCGGACCCUCUCCGGUGCAGCCAAUGUGACGCCCCUCAAUCUCGACGUGACGUCUUCGGAGUCCAUCGCCGCCGCCGUCGAGAGUGUCACCAAAGAAACCGACGGCCGACUCGAUAUUCUAGUCAACAAUAGCGGCGUGAACUUCCCAAUGCCAGCUCUAGACACUCCGAUCGCUGAGGCCAAGGCACUCUUCGACAUUAACUUUUGGGGGGCGCUUGCCAUGCUCCAGGCCUUUGCACCUCUUUUGAUCAAGGCCAAGGGCUGCCUCGUUAAUAACGCGUCUGCGAACGCUAUUUCUCCCAUGGCGUUUCUGAGUACCUACAAUAGUUCCAAGGCCGCUCUGGCCACAGGUAGCGAGACGUGGCGGCACGAGCUUAAACCUCUUGGAGUUCGAACCUUAACCCUUAUAACCUGUGCUGUGAGGACUCAUAAUCACCUCAAGACACCGCGACUCCAGGUCCCCGAAACUUCACACUAUUAUGCGAUCCGGGACUUUAUUCACAGCAUCUUGGACGGUCGACUCCAGAAUAAUGCUAUUACUGCGAGGCAAUAUGCAACCAAAGUAGUGCGAGAAAUAGAAAAGGGGUCAACAGGAAUGGUCUGGGUGGGUACGAGCGCCUCGUUGUUCCAUUGGGUAUGGUGGCUGUCGCCUAAGUCGAUCUUUGACAUGGUAAUUGAAAGUGUUGUCCCCGCUCAGGGUGAGAUGGCGAAAGUCUCGGGAAAGAAAAAGGCCUAG